CGGUCGGCGGCAAUGUUGAUUGUUGAUUGUGAAAUAUAAUACACUAUUUUAUAAUACAGACAAUACAGUAUGCGUGCACGUUUUUUGGUAAAAUCUCUCAAAACCAUUUAAUAAAUAAUAACAUUUUAUCUCCAAAACUUUAAAAUGACGUAUGUAUUGAACGAAAUUUUGGAUGUUGUAAAAAAUGGGAAUGGUAUUGAUUCUACAUGUGAUGUAGUUAGCAAAGAAAUAUCAAAUAAAAGAUUAACUUUUCUCCAAUUUGUCGAGAGUUUGGAAGACAUUUUGACUUCUACAGAUAAAGACAUUCGCCUAAAUGGAGUUAAGGCAUUUGUAACAGUUUUAAAGAGAUUACCUUUGGAUUUUUUUAUACCUGAAGAGUUGGAUUACAUAAGUCAAUUUUUGUGUGAACGUUUGAUUGAUCAUCAUUCAUUUGUACCAAUUGUUUUGGUUGGAAUUGAAUAUACUGUACAAAUGAAAAAUAUUAGCAAACAACUGAUUAUAAGGUAUUUUAAUACAAUCAUGCCUCAUUUUCAUUGUCAAUCACAACUUCAAAAUGACCGAAAUACAUUCUAUUGUAUAUUACAAUAUAUAUUUUUGAAUCGACUAGAUGAUUUACGUUUUAUGGGACCCGAUUUCUUGUAUUUUGUUAUUUCUUCAAUGGAUGGUGAACGAGAUCCUAAUAAUUUAAUACUACUCUUUAGAAUACUACCUCAAUUUUUAAGAAAUUUUCCAUUAGGUCAUUUAGCAGAGGAAACUUUUGAUGUUAUUGCCUGCUACUUUCCUAUAGAUUUCUAUGAAACAGAAGAAAGUAAAAUAACUAGAGAUGAAUUAGCAACUAAUUUAUCUCGAUGUCUUACAUGUGUAGAAGAAUUUGCAGACUUUUGUAUUCCUUUGGCUUUACAAAAAUUAGAAACUAGUUUGAAAGUUGCAAAAUUAGAUUCAUUGCAUUUAUUGAAAUUAUGUUGUGAGAACUUUGAUCCCAUAAAAAUCAAAUUUCACAUUGAAGAAAUAUGGCGUAUUUUAAAAAUGAUAAUAAUGGCGGAUACUGAAGAUUCGGCAGAUGAAAUUAGAGAAGCUGCUAUCAGUGUUUUAACUGCACUAUUGUACUCACUUACUAUUAUUAAAGGAGAUAAUGAACAAGAACAACUAUCAAAUUUCUUAGAUAUUAUUCUUAAAAGUUCUAAUAGAUUUUUAUUGGACACACAAGCAACUCUAUUUAUACCUUCAAUUAAACUUCUUUGUAGUGUUGGAAAAACUUCAAACUAUGCUUGUCUUAAGAUAGCAAAUAAAGUGUAUUUAAUUCUUCUUGACAAAAGUGAUGUAUCACGAUCAGAAAUUAUAAGAAUCAUAGAAGCUAUGGGAUUAAUUACAAAUAUGUGUUUACAAAUGAAUAUCGAUUUAUCAUCUAUACCUGGUCUGGAAAAAAGAUGGGAAGAAAUAUGUUGUUACUUUUUACUUUAUGCUCAAAAUGAAUUGCCAGAAAUAAAAAUUUCUGCUUUGAAAGCAUUAAAAAUAUCAACUAAAAUACUAACUAAUUCUCAACGUCAGAAUUAUUACUGUAUUUUAAUUACGUUAAUCAAAUCUGAUAUAACAGAUUCUGUUAGAAAAGAGACAUUAUCUUGUUUUAAAGAAGCAGCAAAAUAUUUUAAAGAGGAAAUAAAUAGUGAAAUCGUGCAAUUUAACUUAAACAUUUUCAACCAAUCUAAUGAUAUUAUAUUAAAAUCAAAAUGGUUAAAUGCAUUAUGUUGUUUGGGAAAUGAAGAAUAUUUUUUUACUUUAAUUAACGACAUUCUAAGUGCUAAUUUGUCAAUAAAACAAGCUGAAACUGAGAUAGCUUUAAAAUGCUUAAGAGAUAUAGUUAAAAAUAUUGAAAACAUCAACUUGUUACAUCAUUUUGCUUUAAAAGGUGGACUCUUAAACUAUAUUUUAAUAACUUGGAUCAAUGGUAUCAAGAGUUGUGCUGAUUUCAAUAUAUUUAGAAACGAAAUUGUUUUAGAAGAUGUGUCUUUUGUUAUUAAUUCUAUUGUAAAAGUGAUCAAUACCAGUGAACAACUUCAAAUACUUAAUCAAUUCAAUCAAUAUUUCAAUGACAUUUUGGAUACAAAAAUAAAUUAUAAAACACUUUCUGAUACACAACAAGACAUACAUUCAUAUAUGGUUAUUUUAUUAGAAAGUAUUCUAAAUUCAUUAAACAAAAAUAUCAAACUGAAAAAUGUGACUUUAUUAAUUGAAAACUGCAUUGAAUUAUCAACAUAUUCUAAUAAUUCAAUAUGUAGUUUAUCUGCUUCGCGGUUAACAGCAACAUUAAUUAAUAAAUAUAUUGAUGGUGAUGAAAAUGAUUUCUUAAUUGAUAAAUUAAAAUUAAAUUUAGAAAAUUAUUUAAAUUUAUCAAGCUUGUAUAUCAAUAAUGUGAUAAUUCAAAUAUCAUGGAUCACUAAGUCUUUAUCUAUUAAAGGUCAUGGUAAAAUGCUAAAAUGGAUUGACUGGUCAUUGGAUUUAUUGGCAGACCCUUUGUAUGGGAAGAUGAUGACACAAUGUUUUAAAAUGUUAACACAAACAGAUGAUGGAUAUCUUAAUAAAGAGUGUAAUUGUUCAGUUAAAUUAUUAUAUAAACAAAGAAUAUUCUGUUAUGUUAUUGAACCACUCAUAUCCAGGUAUAAUACAAUGUCUGAACCUGUCAAAGAAAAUUAUCUCGUUAGUAUUUUAUACCAAAUGGAUGGUAACACAUAUGUGACACUUUCACCAUAUUUUUCUAAGAUAUUACCUCUAUUACUCCAACUAUUAUCUCCUGAACAAGAUUAUGUCUUACAAUCGUUACAAACUUUUCGUAAUCUUUUAGAAUCCAAAACUCCAGUAUUAGAAGAUUAUUUGCAAUCUUUUGUCCCGAAAUUGCUAAACCUAUCUCAAAGUUCAAAGUUUAUGAAUAUAAGAAUAGUAGCUUUACAAUGUCUGUAUAAUUGCUGUGACUAUUCUUUAAUAAAUCUUUUACCCUUAAAAAGACAGGUUAUUUUGGAGUUGACAAAAUGUUUAGAUGACAAAAAACGAUUGGUUCGUAAAGAAGUGGUCAAAACAAAAUCUCGAUGGUUGUCUAUAGAUGUAUUGAAUGAUGAUGAUUAACAUUGAACACAUUUAAUUCUUUGUUUAUUUAUAAAUAUUGUCAGGAAAUGUAUAGUAUUCAGUUUGUUAAAUUUAAUAUUGCUGUUUGAUA